CACGUGAAACGGAACAAGGUAACUUCACCUGCAAUACGCACAGGCAUUUCGACGAGUAAACAUAUUUAUGAUUUAAAGUACAGUGUUCGGUGUGAAUUUCAACUCAUAUCCCGCUUAGUCGACCUCUUCAGAAUGAAUACUAUGAAAACAGACUGAAACCAACCGUUCCCGACUGUACAGUCACCAACAGCACCCAGUGAAAAACAUUCCCCCGGCUCCAUUGCUAGGCAGCCAGUGCAUCACGUCUCAGUUGCGGUGAACGUAAACAAGAAUUUCGUCAGUAAUUUAGGAAUCUCAAAAUUUUCUGUGAUGCUCCGAACAAUAUGUUUCGCUAGUGUUGUUCUGGUUUUGGCUGCUUUUCCGCUAAGUAUCGAAUCCCAGCAGGUAAGUGAGAAUGUCGCUGAACAUUAUUUACCUCCCUACGACAAUCCCAUGAUAACGGCAGAGCGAUUUAAAAAAAUCUUACAAGAAUCUCCAAUUACGCGAUGGUCAGCAACAACGAAAUCGUCAUCAAAGGACACAAAAGAGGAACCAGUCAAACUAAAUACAACAUAUACAUACCGACCAGAAUGGCCAGAUCCUAGUAGAAAGUUAGGCACGGUGUCGGCUGUUUCCUUCGAUAAAGAUGGAAAUGUGGUAGUUUUCCAUCGUGUGGACCGAAUAUGGACUGGUAGAACAUUUAAUUAUGCAAAUCUGUAUCAAGAGAAAAGCCUGGGCCCGAUCACCAAGAAUACGAUUAUUGCGUUCGAUAGAAAAACAGGAAAAGUUGUUUAUGAGUGUGGGAAAAAUCUGUUCUACAUGCCGCAUGGCUUAACAGUAGAUCACGAAAACAAUAUUUGGGUGACUGACGUCGCUCUACACCAAGUUAUGAAACUAUCGCCUAAAUGUUCGUCCGAUAAGCCACUGCUGGUACUGGGCACUGCAUUUUCACCAGGGAUCGUAAAGAAAUUUUGCAAACCCACGGCGGUAGCUGUGCUGCCUAAUGGCGACUUUUUCAUAUCCGAUGGAUACUGUAACUCUCGCAUUCUAAAAUUGUCGAAGGAAGGAGAUAUUAUUCUCACGUGGGGUGAGAACUCAUUUCAAGGCGACGCUCACGAAGUAGCACCGCCCAAUUUCUUUGCCAUUCCGCAUGGACUAACGUUGACGAAAGACGCGGAAUUGUUGUGUGUAGCGGAUCGCGAGAAUGGACGAGUGCAAUGUUUCCACACGAGCAAUGGGACAUUCCACUCACAGUAUCACAGCAAUACGGUAGGUGAUAGAUUGUUUGGUGUUGGCUAUGCUCCGAUUUCAGGUGGUCAAUUGUUUGUCGUUAAUGGUCCAGAAAAUAAGAAUAAUCACGAAGUUCAAGGAUACAUAAUUGAUAUGUCGACAAAGCAAGUCCUCUCGAAAUUCGGACCGAAUGGGUCGCAAUUCUCAAACCCCCAUGACCUCGCCGUGUCAGAGGACGGAAGUGAGAUCUAUGUAGCCGAAUUGGAUCCGCCACGCAUUCAUAAAUUUGUAUAUAAGAAUGCCGCUUUGAGCGAUGUCAAUAGCACAACAUCGAGUCCCGCCAACGUGACGUCUGUUGUGCCGCAAAACAGCAAAUCCGUGGUGACGAAGGCGAGUUUGAUGAGUUCGUCGGUACUUGUUAUAGCUGCUCUAUCUCUCAUUGUUGCGUUAAUCAUAAUGACAAUAUUUGUUGUAGUCUCAAAGCAGCGCAGAAGAGGAUGCCUGCUAUAUGGAACACAUAAACGUCGCCAUGCAUGGGACUUCCCGACCGUGAAAACGGACGGAUUCAAAUUGGGGAGUUUACUGGACCGAAAACAUGGGUUUGAGAAAUUGGAUCAAAACGCAAGCGAUGAAGAUCCCGACGCUUCAACGAGUAUAUUGUCCAGUGCACAAUUUGCAUGAAAACUAUCCGUUAGAUAUUUUAGAUUUUAAAAUUCAAUCAUACAAAUUAUAAGUUGAUUUAAUUUAGGCGCCAAUAUAUGAAAAUAUGCCAAAAGAAGGAGUGAUGAGUUAAGAAUGGUGUAAAUAAAGA